ACAGUCAAUUGGACAUCACCUGGUAUCACAGAAGAGUGGCUUGGUGGAGGGAAGCGUGCCGUAAAGGAAGCACUACAUUUGGGCAUCUGCCAGCAAAAGACUGAGAACUGAACUCAAGCAGGACCUUCGGCAGCGGGCGGUAAGAGGAGGAGGCCAUGUGGACCGCACGCCUGCUUGUCCUCGCCAGCCUCUUUGCACCAGCCGCUCUGGCCUUUAGUCGAGCGCCAAUCCCCAUGGCAGUGGUGAGGAGGGAGCUGUCAUGUGAGAGCUACCCUAUUGAGCUACGCUGUCCGGGCACCGAUGUCAUCAUGAUCGAGAGCGCCAACUACGGGCGCACCGAUGACAAGAUAUGCGAUGCAGAUCCAGCCCAGAUGGAGAAUACCCGAUGUUAUCUGCCAGACGCAUACAAGAUCAUGUCUCAAAGAUGUAAUAACCGGACACAGUGCGCCGUUGUGGCGGGACCGGACGUAUUUCCAGAUCCUUGCCCUGGAACCUACAAAUAUCUGGAAGUCCAGUACGAAUGCGUCCCUUACAAAGUGGAACAGAAAGGCUCCUCAGUAUUCCUGUGCCCAGGGCUUCUACGCAGGGUGUACCAGAGCGAACACCUCUUCGAGUCGGACCACCAGUCUGGAGCCUGGUGCAAAGACCCACUCCAAGCCUCUGAUAAGAUUUACUACAUGCCCUGGACACCCUAUCGCACUGACACAUUGACAGAAUACUCCUCCAAGGAAGAUUUCAUCGCCGGAAGGCCGACGACAACUUACAAACUCCCACAUCGUGUCGAUGGAACAGGUUUUGUGGUCUAUGAUGGGGCGUUGUUCUUCAACAAGGAGCGCACGCGCAACAUCGUCAAGUUUGACCUACGGACUCGUAUCAAGAGCGGCGAAGCUAUCAUUGCGAAUGCCAACUACCACGACACGUCACCGUACCGCUGGGGAGGGAAGUCAGACAUUGACCUGGCUGUUGAUGAAAAUGGCCUUUGGGUCAUUUACGCCACUGAGCAGAACAACGGACGGAUUGUCAUAAGUCAGCUAAAUCCCUACACCUUGCGUGUCGAAGGGACUUGGGACACGGCUUAUGACAAGCGGUCAGCAUCCAAUGCUUUCAUGAUCUGUGGAAUCCUCUACGUGGUGAAGUCAGUAUAUGAAGAUGAUGAUAAUGAAGCAACAGGAAACAAGAUUGACUACAUCUACAACACAGAGCUGAGCAAAGAUGGUUUUUUGGACAUCCCUUUUCCCAACUCUUAUCAGUACAUUGCUGCUGUGGAUUAUAAUCCCAGGGACAAUCUGCUAUACGUUUGGAACAACUACCAUGUUGUGAAGUACUCGCUGGACUUUGGAGCUUUGGACAACCGGCUCGAGUCAUCAUCCUCCGUGAUGGUGUAUAUGGACACAACCACGACCACAACUGCAAGGAUCUCCAAUCACCCUCACACUUUUACCAUGACGACUGCAACAGCCAGGACUACCACAACACGGACUCCCGCAACAACAACCGCAGUUGCCCAGUGGCCUAAAAUGACAUCGACCAUGAUGGCGCCAUCUGAGACGUUGGUAGAAGGUUUGAUCCCAGAGGACAAUGACCCACUGCCACCCUCCUCCAAGCUUCCCACCAUCAGAGUGGAGUAUUGCAGUCCCUUCAUGAGGCUGGAUAUCUCCUGGCCCAGAACUAAACAGGGCCAAGUGGCCAAGAUGCCAUGUCCACUUGGAACAACAGGCAUUGCACUAUACAUGUGCGUGGGUCCAGAGGGCUACUGGGAUCCCCAAGGACCUGACUUCAGCAACUGUACCUCCCCCUGGGUCAGCCUUAUCAGUCAGAAGAUUAAAGCAGGAGAGACGGCUGCCGUCAUUGCCAGGGAGUUGGCAGAGCAGACGAAGCGUAAUCUUCAGGCAGGAGACAUCACCUUCACUGUCAAGGCCAUGGUUCAGCUGGUGGAUCUCCUCGAUGUGCAGCUGAGGAACCUCACGCCAGGCGGUAAAGACAGUGCAGCCCGGAGCCUCAACAAGCUGCAGAAAAGGGAACGCUCUUGCCGGUUUUAUGUUCAGGCCAUGGUGGAGACAGUCAACAAUUUGCUGCAGCCCCAGGCCCAGGCGGCGUGGAUGGAGCUGAGCACCGGCGAGCAGCUGAGAGCCGCCACCACGCUGCUGGACACGGUGGAGCAAGGUGCCUUUGUCCUGGCUGACAACCUUCUCAAGACGGACAUUGUGCAAGAGAACACUGACAAUAUUCAGCUGGAGGUAGCACGGAUGAGCACCGACGGGAGUUUACUCGAUUUGAGGUUUCCACAAACUGGUGGACAGGGCAACUCCAUCCACCUCUCUGCUAACACGCUAAAGCAGCAUGGACGAAACGGUGAGAUUCGGAUCGCGUUCGUCCUGUACAAGCACAUCGGGGUCUACCUUUCGACGGAGAACGCUAGCAUCAAGCUCGGCAGUGAAGCCACAGCUGCUAAUUAUUCUAUCAUCGUCAACUCGCCGGUUAUCACGGCAGCCAUCAACAAGGAUUCAAACAAAGUGUACCUCUCUGAUCCGGUCAUUUUUACCAUCAGACAUCUACAGCAGUCUGAGCAGAAUUUCAACCCCAACUGUUCCUUCUGGAGUUACUCCAAGCGAAGCAUGAGCGGUUACUGGUCGACGCAGGACUGCCGCCUGCUGGGCACCAACCGAACCCACACCACAUGCUCCUGCACGCAUCUAACCAAUUUUGCCGUCCUGAUGGCUCACGUGGACGUGAAGAACACAGACCCUGUACACGACAUACUCUUGGAUGUCAUUACUUGGGUCGGGAUUCUUCUGUCGUUGGUCUGCUUGCUUAUCAGCCUCUUCACCUUUUGCUUCUUCCGCGGUCUCCAAAGUGACCGUAAUACUAUCCACAAGAACCUGUGCAUCAGCUUAUUCAUUGCUGAGUCCCUGUUCCUGGUGGGCAUCAAUCGAGGCGACCAGCCGAUUGCUUGUGCUGUCUUUGCCGCCCUGCUCCACUUUUUCUUCCUGGCGGCCUUCACUUGGAUGUUCCUAGAGGGUGUGCAGCUCUACAUCAUGUUGGUGGAAGUGUUUGAGAGCGAACACUCACGCCGGCGCUACUUCUACCUGGUGGGCUACGGCGUUCCAGCGCUUAUCGUGGCCAUUUCGGCUGCAGUGGACUACCGCAGUUACGGCACAGAUCGAGUUUGCUGGCUUCGCUUGGACACCUACUUCAUCUGGAGUUUCAUAGGACCAGCAACCUUGAUAAUUAUGCUCAACGUGAUUUUCCUGGGCAUCGCUCUCUACAAGAUGUUCCAUCACACGGCCAUCUUGAAACCAGACUCCGGUUGCCUGGACAACAUCAAAUCUUGGGUGAUUGGGGCCAUUGCCUUGCUUUGUCUCCUCGGCCUAACCUGGGCGUUUGGUUUGAUGUAUGUCAACGAGAGCACCGUGGUCAUGGCUUACCUGUUCACCAUCUUCAACUCCCUACAGGGAAUGUUCAUCUUCAUCUUCCACUGUGUCCUGCAGAAGAAGGUGCGUAAGGAGUAUGGGAAAUGCUUGCACACUCACUGCUGCAGCAGUAAAAGUGUGGACAGCUCCAUUGGCUCCGGAAAAGGCGCCGCCUCACGUGCUCCGGGACGUUAUUCCACAGGGUCACAGAGCCGCAUCCGGCGGAUGUGGAAUGACACUGUCAGAAAACAGUCCGAGUCUUCUUUCAUGACCGGCGACAUCAACAGCUCUGCAUCCCUCAACAGAGGGGCUAUGGCUAACCAUCUUAUACCUAAUGCACUCCUACGUCCUCAUGGCACUAACAAUCCCUAUAAUACAUUGCUUGGGGAAUCGGCAGUCUAUAACAACCCUCUGGGCAUGUACAACGCACAAGAGCCCUACAGAGAGACAAAGGGAAUCCUGAACAAUGCCCGGGAUACAAGUGUCAUGGAUACUCUACCACUGAAUGGUAACCAUGGCAACAGCUACAGCAUCGCCAGUGCGGACUACAUGAGUGAUUGUGUCCAGAUCAUUGACCGGGGCUAUAACCACAAGGAGACCACCCUGGAAAAGAAGAUUUUGAAAGAGCUCACCGCCAAUUAUAUCCCCUCCUACCUCAACAAUUCCCACGAUUGCUCAGCCGAGCAGAACCGGAACCUAAUGAAUAAGCUGGUUAACAAUGUCAGCAAUGGCAGCAAGGACAGCGGUUACGGAAUGGGCAUGGGAGUGGGCAUGGGAAUGAAUGUGGCACUGAGCCUGGAUGAUAACUCCACCUUUGGCCCACACCACGAUGAAGGCUUGGGCUUGGAGUUAAUCCGCGAGGAAUCCAAUGCUCCUCUGCUUCCUCAGAGACCACCUCCAUCACUGCCGGCGGUGGACAACCUCCACAAUCACCUCCACCAGUCGGUGCCGCCACCCCUGCCUUUGUCCCACCACCCUUUCUCCUCUGCCAGCACUUCCUCCUCAUCUCGACGGAGGAUCCCCCAGGAAAACAGCGAAAGUUUCUUUCCGUUACUUACUAACGAGCACACCGAUGAUGAGGGCUCAUCACCCAGUCACAACCCCCAGAGAGACUCCCUCUACACCAGCAUGCCCAUGCUGCCCGGUCUCCCUGACAUGUCUGCGGAAUGUGCUGAUGGCUCCAAAGAUGGCGGCGACGCCAAGAACCCGGAAGCUAGCUCGGAUGACGUUUACUACAAGAGUAUGCCAAACUUAGGCUCACGUAACCACCUCCAUCAGCUGCAGUCCUACUACCAGCUAGGGAGGGGCAGCAGCGACGGCUUUAUUGUGCCCCCCAACAAAGAGGAUCCACCUCUCGAAGAAGCCCGCCAUGAGCCGUCGCACCUGGUCACAAGCCUAUAGACCAAACCCCCUGCUACCCCCGCACCACUCCGGUAUCCCUUCUAUUACUGUAGUCUUCUUCCCCAUGUCCCAUUGUCAGUCAUAGGCUGUGGUACCCUUUCAUUUUAUUCUGUGUCACGAAACUGGAGCAAGUACCUCCCGACCACAAACAGGAUAUUCAUGGGGGGUAAUAUUCGGUUAGCCACGCAGGAAUCUGUUGAUGUUGUGUUUCCCUUAAAAGCAGUGUGGUUUGGCGUGUUUUGUCUCUGUGUGAAAACAGACACUUACUCACACGUGAUUUUUAGGUCUCAGAGACGUAGUCUGACAGUCAACAGGAACUGUGUAGCCCUGAACUAUACAAAACGACUUAAACAGAAGAACCGGGAAAUAAAAAAAAAAAAGGACUAUUUUAUUACACUUCUGUAUCUAUAUUGACCUUUUUUGAAAAUUUUCUUCCUCUUUGGUGAGUUGCAGCACAUUUUGUUUGCUGAAGUGUCUCUUCAAUGGAAAAAAAAAGUCAUUUUGAAAAAUGAAGGAAUUCUUGAUCGUAUGCUUUCAAGCAUAGCUGUUUUUUUCUUUCAUUUUACUGUGGUAACAGUUGUUAAGAGGGAGAAAACUAAUGAGAAUUAUAAGAUAUUUCUAUGUAAUUGUACAGAUAACUAGCAUUGCACAUGAUAGUAUGCUUUCCACACAAACCUUACAUCUUUGUAAAUGUAGUAGUUCGGAGAAGUUUUGUUCUGUUUUUCUGGCACUCUAGUACCAGUUUGGGCUUUUUUUUUCUUUUGUUCUUUCUUUUUUUAUUCUGUCAUUGCUUUACAGGAAAUUGCCAUUUAAAUGAAGCAAAGUAACACGCAAAAGAACCAUAGUUACACUUACCGUGCAGGCGUUUUUGUGCGAUGUAUCCUCUUCUGUUGUCAGGUCUUUUUUCUGUUCUGUUUUCUUCUUUUUGCGUUUUACCGUGUAGAUAUCAGCGCUCUGAUUCAGUGAUUGUCGAGGAGACAGAAUCUGUCCAAAUUGAUCACAAGGCGCCCUUCACAAAGGUUCAUAGUGCAUUCUGCAUCUCUAUUGGUAUUCCGAAAACGCUUGUGCUUCUCAGAAAGAGAACAAAUUGAACAUUGAUGAGCACUCGGCACUUGUACAAAAAAGGAAAGAUCGCUGUUGUUAAAGAAAGACCCUAAGGAGUGAGGAAAAACUGGUCGCAUUUUUUUUGUUUUUCUUUUUUUUUUUUGAGGAGAACAAUAUUUAUUUUGUUGUUUGUUUACAUAAACAGGAAUAAAAAGGUUAAUGGAAGCAAAUUAGUGGCACAGAUAAGUGGUUAUGGUGGAUUCUUAUUUAUUCCUUUUUACAUUGGUUUCUGAGGUGAAAAUCCUCAUGAAUAAUAUUUGUUGUAACAGUGAGACGCAUAAAUCUCAGAUCUCAGAUCUAGAUUUCUCACAUAGCAAUGACAACCAUUUUUUUUAUAUCCAAACAUAUUGUAGGACCUCUGAUUGACAAGAUGAUUGAUUCUUUUGGUGAUUAUUUGUUCUAUCCUUCAUUAGUCCUCUGUCCAUUUUAGUGCCAAAAUACAUUUUGGCCCACCAACAGUGGAUGUGCUCUGUAUGCUUUGGUCUGCUUUAUGAUAGAAGCAGUGGUUUCAUAAGCUGUAAUAAAUAUUUCAAUAUCA